UUCUUAAAUUACUUCGUUAUACAGUUAUACAGCCUACCCCAUCCCUCUCCUCUCUCUCUCUCUCUCUCCCCGUUCAAAAUCAAGGAAGCAAUGUUAAGAGCUUCUCAUCUCCCACCGAUAGCAACUCCAGCACUCGGUGCUCUUAGAGUAUCUCUGUUUUCCUGUCUCAGCCUCUCCUCACCUUCAAGCCGUCUCAAACUCUCAAACUUUGCACCAUUUCGCACGCUUAUCCCUCCAGCCUUCGGACCCAGUUCUCCUCAUCGAUCACUUUUGAGCGUGGAGCGGGUCGUUCCUCUGCUAGGUCUUACAUGCCCCAAGGGAACGGCUUCAUUUAGUGCCGGGAGUAACUCUGGAGGUGGCAGGGAAAUAUUGGUGCAGCACUUACUUGUUAAAGAAGAUAAGCUUUUGGUGGAUCUUCAACAGAGAAUUUUAGGAGGUGAAGACCUUAGUGAUCUUGCUGUAGAGUACUCUGUUUGCCCGUCCAAAGAAGAGGGAGGAAUGCUUGGGUGGGUGAGAAAGGGGCAAAUGGUUCCUGAGUUUGAGGAGGCUGCAUUCAAUGCACCUUUAAACAAAGUUGUAAGGUGUAAAACAAAGUUUGGAUGGCACUUGUUGCAAGUUCUCUCUGAGAGGGAAGAAUCCAUACUUCAAGAUAUUCAACCUGACGAGCUUCAUGCAAAGAUGCAAGAUCCUAAUUUUUUGGAAGAGGCGCAAUUGAUUGAUGUUCGAGAACCUGAAGAAGUGGCUCAAGCAUCUUUGCCAGGUUUUCAGGUUCUUCCUCUCCGCCAAUUUGGAAACUGGGGACCUGAGAUAAAUACCAAGUUGGAUUCACAAAAGGAUACUUAUGUUUUGUGUCACCAUGGCAUGCGGUCGUUACAGGUUGCCAAAUGGUUGCAGACACAGGGUUUUCAAAGAGUAUUUAAUGUUGCCGGGGGAAUCCAUGCAUACGCUCUCAAGGCUGAUCAGUCCAUUCCUACAUACUGAAAAGAUAUAUUCGUCUUCCAUCAAAGAACUUGGUCUUUUCUCUGCCUUCAUUCGGCCUCUUUCUAGCUAGUGCAAGUAGAUCUUUAGUUUUUGAUUCUUUGGGAAGAAUUUUGACUUUUCCAUACUCCUCACAGAAAUUGAGAAAUGGCCACCAUCAACUGGUAUUAAAGAAAGUGAGCAAUUCCUUUUGUUCCUA